UUUUUUUUAAUACGUAUAAGGGCCCACAAAAUCCUUUCUGAAUAAAAACCAAAUGGUCCUCUCGAUGGCUUCACCUCAGAGAGAAUUAGGGAGAGAUGGGUAUUCCUGCGGAUUUGAGAGACGCUUGGGCGAGCAAAAGGAAAUCUUUUGCGAUCGCUUCUCCUAACGAGCCGGCUGUCCUCCAUUCCAAGAGCUCCGUGAGAGAAGCCGUUCAGUCAGGAAUUAAGACAGCCUUAAUUGCAGGUGCUGUAGCUGCAGUACCAACAUUGGUUGGCUGUCGUGUUAUUCCAUGGGCUAAAGCUAACCUUAAUUACACCGCACAAGCGCUCAUCAUAUCAGCAGCUUCCAUUGCUGGGUUCUUCAUUGCUGCUGACCAGACUAUUCUAGAGAGUGCAAGGGAAAAUUCGUUCCAGAAGUAUGAUAAAACAACUUGAUGGGGACUCUUUCCCCCGAGUACAGUCAUUACUGCUAGGAGAAUCGACCUGGUUUCUCAGUUUCAAUGCAUUUCAUAUCUAAGCUUGUAUCUUAGAUCGUGCUUAACCAAACCAAUUGCUGUUCAUAUGCUUACCCUCUGAAUAACUGUAAUAUCGUAUGAACUAUGCUCCCUUCUGUUUCUCUCUCUUUUCUUUUUGGCUACUGUAUUUAGCUCUUAAUCCACCUUCUUUGUUUAUUCAUCUUUCUGAGUUUCUUUUGUUUGCUCUUCCUCUUUACACCAGGUUGGUAAAUAGAAAACAAGGACUUUUGCCUUCAUCAAUUACAGUGAUAAUCUUCUGUCUG